AUGCAUUCAUAAAUCUCUUUAUCAGAAAUGUUCAGAAGUUAUGAGUAAGACUAUAAAGCUCAUAUGGAAUCAGUUAUGUAUGAUCUAUUAAAAAUGAGUAAAGAUAGAAGAGAUGAAACAGAAAAAAGUUUCUCAAAAGUUUAAGAUGAACUUUAAUAAACAGAACAAUGUGUAAUUUAUUUCUAUAUAAAUUAAAGAUUAAAUAAAUGGAGUUGGAAGCAUCUACUUUACCUGGUAAUUAUAAAAAAGAAUUAAUGGAAACAAUUAAAUAAUAUAAAAGAGAUAUGGCUAAAGUGGAGAAGGAUUUUAAAUAAUUAUAAUUAGAUUAAUAAGAAGAUUCUAGUAGAGAUAAGUUGUUUAAUGAUAGAUAAAUUAAUCAAGCUUUAUUAAAAUAAGAAGAUCGUUUAAUUAGAUAAACAUUAGAAUUAGAAGCAGCCAAGAGAACUGCUUAUUUAACUGAAUAAUAAGCAAAUUAAAUAUCAAUAAAUUUACAUUCUUAAUCAAUGACUUUAGAUAAUUCAAUUAGGAAAACUUAAUAUAUAAGAGAAGACUUGGGAGAAUCAAAUAAUUUAGUGAAAAUUAUGAAAAAUAGAAUAUUGAAAAAAAAAUUGAUAAUGUAUGGAGUAUUUGGUUUCCUAGGACUAUGUUUAACAAUAGCAAUAAUGAGUUGGUUUUUUUGA